AGAUACAGAAAACAGAGUGUCAGGACUCAGGAAAAACUGUAUCGCGCACAGCGCUGCUGUAUUUCUAUUUGCUGCUAUCACAAAGGUUGCAACGGCCGGAUUUUGAAAAAUGUCGUCGACCAAUAGGAGGCUUUAUCAGACCCCUCCAGCUUUCGUACCGAAGAUAAAAAAGAAGCCGCCCACAGUUCCCAAGGACCCCUUCUCCCGCAACCGCGGCCGACUCUGGGAGGACAAGAAGGACGAGCUGGACUAUAAGUCCCGCUACAUCUCCCCGGACAGGAAGAAGAAGAGACCGUGUCAGUGUAAGAAGUGCAUCCUGAAGAGACAGCGGGCCGUCACCUUCCCGAAGGAGGAUAGGGACGAUGAUGAUGAUGAUCACUCUGGGGACGAUAGGGAGUACGAGAGCGACAGUGACAGGGAGGAUGGGCGCAACGAUUCUGGCGAAGACGGGGGAGACUCCGACAAAGACGGCAGGGAAGACGGAUCUGCUAGUGACCACCAAGACGAGGAGCCCCAGGUCGAUGUCCGGCACGGUGUUCCGGUGGUCGCCAGGAGGUCCAGUCUGGUCCCCACGGCAGUCAGGUCAAGUACGUAUCCGGACACUGACCCGGGUCUGUCCGAUCCAUAUAGCCUGCGAGUUCCCUCACCGAGCAAGCCGAUUGGAUCCGAAGUUACCGAGACGUCGGCGCUGUUGUCUUGGCAACCGCCUGCCAAACGACUGGACGAAAUCGUGGGCUAUAAGUUAGAGGUCCGGCAGCAGCACCAGUCGGAGUGGACCUCCUCUAAGAACGUCUGCACGGAGACGUCCUGCCGCAUCGCCGGCCUCACACCCGACACUAUCUACCGCUUCCGCGCACGCGCUGUCACAGACACGGACGAGAGCGAACCCAGCUACCAGUCAGACCCCAUACGGACCCUCAAGAGCAGACGCGACCCUCCCGGCAAACCUUACGCGACUGACGUCACGGAGACCACGGCCCGGCUGACCUGGCCCAAGCCGCACGACAAGUCCCGAGUGGACCGCUACAUCGUGGAGUCACGCAAGGACAGGGAGUCCAACCAGUCCAACUGGACCGAGGUGCUGAAGGACAGCGACACGAGCUGUGAUAUCAGGGACCUACAACCGGAUACGCCGUAUCGCUUCCGGGUCAGGGCGUGUGCCGGGUCAGACAUCAGCCAACCAGGAGAGAUGUCCGACAUCAUUCGGACGAAGAAGGAACCUCUGUAUCCCCCGGGACGACCGUUGGCCACUGACGUGACGGACCGUGACGUGACGCUGACGUGGUCGCCGCCGGACGGGGGACGGAAGCCGCUGGAGUACGCCGUGGAACACCGCCGGGAGGGCAGGGACGAGUGGACCUCAUGCGUGGAGACGUUCAAAGACACCAGAUGCCAGUUGAACGGUCUAGAACCAGAGACUCCGUACCGGUUCCGGGUGAGAUCUCUGGCCGGCGAUGACGUCAGCAUGCCUAGCGACCCAUCCGAACUCGUCCGCACAGACAGACACAAAGUCGUCAUCCCUCCGCCCGGAAAGCCGAAGGUUUCCGAUGUGAAGGACUCGGAGGCCACCCUGUCGUGGGACCCGCCGAAGGGCCGGACCAAGCCUGACGAGUACCGGGUGGAGGUGUGGGAGGCCGGGGACGAGAAGUGGACGCCCCACAGCACUGUCAAGAAACCACCCUUCACUGUGGACGGCCUCAAACCGGAUACGGACCAUUACUUCCGGGUCAUCCCGGUCAAAGGUGACGACGUGGGAGAACCCAGCGAGUACGUCGGCCCCAUCCGAACGGAGAAGAUGAAACCUCCACCUCCUGGCAAGCCCAAGCCCACAGAUGUGGAUGAGAACAAAAUCAACCUGGCAUGGCCGCCAUCGGAAAAGCCCGAAGACGUUGAUGAGUACGUCGUGGAGAUGCGGGAAGACCGGAAGUCUGAGUGGAAGCCGGAGGUGGUGAAGACGCGGGACACGCAUUGCGAGGUGCCGGGCCUGGUGGGGGACACGCCGUACCGCUUCCGUGUGCGCGCCGUCAAGGACGACGUGGUGGGAGACCCCAGCAGCGUGUCCGACCCCAUCUACACACGGAGACCCAAAGUUCCAACACCAGGAAAACCAGAGGCUUCAAAGAUCACAGACGACAGUCUAUCGCUCGCCUGGCCAAUGCCCUUGGGGCCCCCACAACCUGCCGUCACCGGAUAUGACGUAGAAUAUCGCAAAGACGAUUCCGAUGACUGGAAAUACAAGACGUCUUGCAAGGAGCCGCCCGUGAAGGUCGAAGACCUCGAGCCCGCCACCGCCUACAGAUUCAGGACUCGCGCCAAAACCAAGUACGAGAAGGGAGACUUCAGCGAGGAGUCAGAUCGCGUUGUCACUGAUCGCGGUUCGCAGUCGCCCAUGAAAGCCAUCAACAUCAACCCGGACUCUCUCCAGGACGACGGCCCGACCAUCCUACCGCCGGGGAAGCCUUCGGCGUACGACGUCGGCGACAGGGACGCCAAGAUCAGCUGGCCCGCCCUGCCCGACGGCAGCGACACCAGGAGCGACAACCUGAUUGGCUAUGACGUAGAGAUGCAGGAGGAGGGGGAUAGCGAUUGGAAGGACGUCAUCAGAGGGACCAAGUCCAACAGGUGCUACGUCCGUGACCUGGCGAAGGAGUCGCGGUACUACUUCCGGGUCAAGGCGAAGACCAUUCUCGGGGAGAGUGACUACGGAGAAACAUCGGACGUGGUCAUCACCACAGGGAACCAAGAGCGAGAGGACGACUCCAUUCCACCCCCGGGAAAACCCGAGUUUUGGGACGUCCAAGAAACCGAGGCCAAAGUAAAAUGGCCGGCCCUGGCGGACGGAAGUGACUGGAGGAACGACGGCAUCACCGGAUAUGACGUGGAGAUGAAGAAGGACGAGGACGACGACUGGGUCUCUGCGGCGAAAGGCGUGAACAAGACGAAGUGCCAGGUCGUGGGGCUGAAUCCCGCCACGCGUUAUUUCUUCCGCGUGCGCGCUCUGAAAGGGAAGAGAGAAAGCGAGCCUGGAGACAUGGAGGUUGUCGUGACGCAAGGGAAGAAAGGAAUUCCACCUCCCGGCAAGCCAGUAGCGUGGGACGUGCAGGAGGAGCAGUGCAAACUGCAGUGGCCCGUUUUCAUCGACGGCGGGGACGAGAGGAACGACACGACCGGAUAUGACGUCGAGAUGCGGAAGGAGGAGGAAGACGAUUGGGUCUCCACCGCCAAGGGCGUGAAGAGGAACAAGUGCCUCGUGAUGGGACUGCAUCCAGGUAACCGUUACUACUUCCGCGCGCAGGCCAUCACGGAACUCGGGGAGAGUGAGCCUGGGCCACCGUCUGAUGUCGUCAUCACUCCGGGGAAGAAAGGGAGGGAUGUUCCACCGCCCGGCAAACCUGCCGCCUGGGACACCGAGGAGACCCAAACCAAACUGUGGUGGCCCGCCCUGGCCAACGGAAGCGACGUCAGGUAUGACGACAUCACCGGAUAUGACGUCGAGAUGAGGGAAGACGGGGAGGACGAGUGGCAAGCCGCUGCCAAGGGGGUGAAGAAGACGAAGUGUAAGGUGAUCGGGCUCAAGCCGGGCACGAAGUACCACUUCAGGGUGCGCGCCGAGACGGAAGACAACGAGAGCGAGCCGGGAGAAGAGUCCGACGUCGUCAUCACCAAAUCACAGAGACCCACACCACCCGGCAAGCCUGAAGCAUGGGACGUGGAAGAGGAAGAGACGAAGCUCCGCUGGCCCGCCCUGCCCGACGGAAGUGAGACCAGGGAUGACGGCGUCACCAGAUAUGACGUGGAGAUGACUGAAGACGGCAAGGACGACUGGAAGACAGUGGUGACCUCCGUCAACGACAACAAGUGUAAACUGAUCGGUCUGUCCGGCGGAACCAACUAUCGCUUCCGGGUCACAGCCAUUGGGAAAGAACUGAGGAGUGACCCUAGCGAGAUAUCGGACCUCGUAGAAACACCAAUCAUUAAGAAGUCGAUCACGCCUCCGGGCAAACCCGAGGCGUACGACACGGAGGAGACGGAGACCAAACUAGUGUGGCCCGCUCUGGAGGACGGCAGCAAGUACCGCGACGACGACGUCACUCGGUACGAAGUGGAGAUGAGAGAGGACGGCUCGGAGGAGUGGCACGACGCCGCUAAGGGCGUGGACGAUACCAAGUGUAAGAUCACGGGGCUGCAGCCGGCCACCAAGUACCGCUUCCGGGUCCGGGCCGGGAAUGACGCUGGGGAGGAGAGUCAGCCUGGGAAGGAGUCUGACACAGUGGAAACUCCCGCCACUAGAAAGUCCAUUGAUCCUCCUGGCAAGCCAGUGGCCUGGGACGUGGAAAAGACGGAGGCCAAGCUGAAGUGGCCUGUCCUGCCCGACGGGAGCUACAGCCGGAACGACGGCAUCAACGAGUACGAGGUGGAACUGCGAGAAGAUGAUGACCCAGACGGCUGGCGGGACGCGGCGAAAGGCGUGAAGGGGUACAAGUGCAAGAUCAAGGGCCUGAACCCGGGGACGCGGUACCGCUUCCGUGCACGCGCGAUCUCCGACAUCGGCCAGAGCGAACCAGGGGAGGAGUCGGACGUCGUAGAAACCCGCGGGGAGAUGAUUGACCCGCCCGGUAAACCAGAAGCCUACGACGUCCAGAACAACGAGAUGAAGCUCUGGUGGCACGCGCACGAGAACGGAAGGGACGACAGAGACGACGGCGUCACCGGAUAUGACGUCGAGAUGAGACAGGAGGGAUCCGACCAAUGGCAGUGCGUGGCCAAGAGCGUGGAGGACACCAAGUGUAAGCUGAAGGGCAUGGCCGGACCGGAUAAGAAAUUAUGGUUCCGGGUCAGGGCUCUGAAAAAUGACCUCGCUAGCGAACCUGGGGAGGAAUCAGACGUCGUCACAAUACCAGACGGCAUCCCACCGACCGGGAAACCGGAAGCCUGGGACGUGGAGGAAACCCAGACCAAGCUCCGCUGGCCCGCCCUGGCCGACGGAAGUGACGUCAGGUACGACAACAUCACCGGAUAUGACGUCGAGAUGAGGGAGGAGGGCAGCUCCAAGUGGAACGAGGCAGCCAAAGGCGUGAAGAAGAACAAGUGUAAGGUGAUAGGACUGGAGCCCGGGAGGCACUAUUACUUCCGGGUGCAGGCCAUGCGAGGGGACGAGGAGAGCGAGCACAGCGAACCGUCUAAUGUCGUCAUAACUCCCGGGAAACGGACAGAAACUGAGGACACGCCAUUGCCACGAGUGGUAAUCACUACUCUGGACAACGAGCUCCUAGUGGGCGGAGCGUCGGACGAACCACCUGCCAAUGAUCCUAUCGAACCUCCCGGCAUGCCGUUCGCCUGGGAUGUGGAAGCUGUGACUUUGAAGUUGCGCUGGACUCCUCUGUGGAACUGUACCGAGGACAGGUACGACGAAAUCACCGGAUACGAGAUAGAGAAGCAAGAGGGCGACGGCGAAGAGUGGGUACUGUCAGCGUCUAGAUGUGUGAAAUCGAAAUGCCGGAUUCGGGGGUUGAAGCCUGGGACGCAGUAUCGCUUCCGGGUCAUAGCCGCGAGGGAUGAUGGGAAAAGCAAACCAGGCCGACCAUCUGAAGUCAUCACGACCCCGUCGCUAGUUCCUCCACCCGGAAAACCAGAGGCGUGGGACGUCACGACCAGCGAAGCCAAGCUGCAGUGGUCUGCCCUGGCGGGUGACACCACCUACAAUCGGGAAGACGGCCUGACCGGAUAUGACGUGCAGAUGAAGGAGGAGAGCUGGAGCGAAUGGCAGCCGGCCGCUAACGGCGUCACGAAGAACAAGUGCAAGAUCGUGGGGCUGCAGCCGGCGUCCAACUACUACUUCCGGGUCAGGGCGAACACGACUUCCGGGGUGAGCGACUUCGGGGAAGAGUCUCUUGUUGUGGCCACCGCGGAGAGAGGUUUCCCCACCGACAACGGCACCACACUCACACCUGUCAAGGAGAUCAGAGACGGGGAAGACGACAGCAUUCCGCCAACUGGGAAGCCCGAAGCCUGGGACACGGAGGAGACGCAGACCAAACUGCGCUGGCCGGCCCUCGCCGACGGAAGUGACACCAGGAAUGACGGCAUCACCGGAUAUGACGUCGAGAUGAGGGAGGACGGCAGCUACCAGUGGCACUCUGCGGCGAAGGGCAUCAAGAAGCCGAAGUGCCGGGUGGUCGGGUUGGAGCCGGGGAGACGGUACUUCUUCAGGAUUCAGGCCAUGAAGGGGACGGCGGAGAGUGUACACUCUGAGGUGUCUGACGUAGUGGUCACUCCGGGGACAAGAACGGACGUUCGGACGCCAGUAGAAGAUAUCGUCCGCCCCCCUGGCAAGCCCUCCGCCUACGAUGUCGACGAAAGAGAGACCAAACUUCGCUGGCCCGCCCUGGCCGACGGAAGUGACACCAGGUAUGACGACAUCACCGGAUAUGACGUCGAGAUCCAAGAGGAGGGAACGCACCAAUGGAAGUCACAAGCAAAGGGCGUGAAGGGUACCAAGUGUCGCGUCAUCGGGCUGGAACCAGGGACCCUGUACUACUUCAGAGUGCAGGCCAUGAAGGGACCGAAGGAGAGCGAACCGUCCGAGGUGUCCGAACCGGUACGCACGCUGGGGCGCAAGAGAAGGGACUCGGACGACAUGGAGACAUUUGCCGGAGGGGACCGGACCGGGAGCCCCCCAAGAACUCAGGAUGAUUCCCUACCGUUUCCUGGUCAGCCGGAAGCCUUUAACGUGAGUGAGACAGAGACCGAGCUCCAGUGGCCUCCACUCGGCAGAGGCUCCCCGGCCCAACACGACGGCAUCGACGGGUACUACGUCGAGGUCCGCAAGUCCGGGGAACAGCAAUGGAAGGCCUCCACCAGGCCGUGCAAGCUCACCAAGUGCAAGGUCAGGGGUCUGCUUCCGGACACGGCCUACUACUUCCGGGUCAAGUCCGCCCGAGGGUCGUGGGAGAGCCGUCCGAGCGAGACGUCCCAGGUCGUGGUCACUCCACGUGCUACAGACGAGAACUGGAAGGAGAGGUUGCGGCAGACCCUGGCCACCGCCGCGGCGCAGCAGACCGAGCCCUGCCCGUUCUGUAACCUCCCCAAGACCGACACGGAGGACGGCAGGCCACAGGCCGUGGUGCGACCGAUCCAGAAUGGUGGAGCGGAUUUGGUGGAUGAUGACGUCAUCAUCUGCGUGUGUGACUGCGACUCCAUUUCCGUGACGUCAUCUUCUUCCUCCAGAAGCAGCAGCCGGCGGGGCAGCGAGGACUCCAAGCUUUGCGUUGUCAUGUAGUCAUGUGACGUCACGUUGCCUUAUAAGGAGCGGGCAGAACGUACUGCAUUGCACUACGGUAACGGCGCAAAAACCGUAAUGCAUUGUACAUAGCCCUUCAGCAUAACGUAUUUAAGUGUAACAUUCCGUCUAUAGUUUUCAAAUGUUGUGUCG